CGUGUGUGUGAGAGAGAGAAAGAGACACUGAGAGAGACUGAGAGAGAGACUGACUUAAGGUCAAAUAGUGUGGAUGGGCCAGUCGGUUUCAGCUAAAAAUGCACUGGUGCAUCGAUCGGAAGGUGUCAUCAUCUGCCUUGUAAAAUGUAAAAAUCACUUCAUAAAAAGGCCUGCUGUGUUAUUUUAAUUGUCUCUGUCCCACUGCUGUGUAAAUAAUCACAUUUGUACAUGUCACAUUCAUGUAUUUAGUGUAUUUUUGAGAAUAUAUAUAUUUUUUUAAAUAAUCUUACCAAAAUAAUGUAAUCAAACCAUGGUUAAAUUUGUGAUUUUGUGAUGCAUUGAAUCAUUUCCUAAAUCAUAAUCAUGAUAGUUGUAAAGUCAGAGAUUUACACCUCUAAUGAAAUGCGCUGAAGUCCCACGGUAGUGAUGGGUGUGUGAACAAACGAGAGAAAAUGUGUCCAGGCUAACGUGUGAAUGUGAAUAAGGGAGCUUUUAAUGGUGAGGUGUAUAUUCAGCUUGUAUGUGUUUUGGACCUUGUGCAAUUUACACGAGCCUAAUAUGAUCAUGAUUGAAAGAUAAAAUGAAGCUCUUCUGCUCCGAACUUCUUUCGUUCUUGUGUAACAUUGGCAGAAGUGCCAAGAUGCCACACCUGUUCCUAAGAAAUCUCAUUCCUAGAGAGAGGAGGGGUUUGUGAGGGUGUGUGUGCAUGUGCUUUGGAGCAGGUUAUUCAGGUGUUGUUGAGUUGCUCUGUGUUGCAGAAUUAUGGGCUGGAGAGGGGCUGCAGGUUGCUAAGGGGAAGUGGAGCGGCGGUUGGUUGUUGGUGGAAAGUUCCGGGCUCAGGUGGCAAUGUCUCCCGGAGAGGACGGCCUGAUUGGGAUCCCCUUCCCGGAGCACAGCAGCGAGCUCCUGUCCCGCCUCAAUGCGCAGCGGCGCUCGGGUCUGCUGUGUGACCUCACGUUGACCUCCCGUGGCGCCCGCUACCCCACACACCGCUCUGUCAUGGCUGCUGUCAGCCUCUAUUUCCGCCGACUCUUUGGGGCAGAGGAGGGCGCAGAGGGCACAGAGGGCAGUGUAGGCACAGGCUGCAGUGUGUGUCAGCUAGACUGCGUAUCACCAGACGCUCUGGACGCUCUGCUGGAGUUCGCCUACACGGCCACUCUGACCAUCCGCAGUUCGGGUAUGCGGGAGGUAAUGGAGGGCGCACAGCUGCUCGGGAUACAGUGUGUGGCUGACGCCUGCCGGCACAUCCUGGGCGAGGCAGGCGAGGCAGGCGAGGCAUCUGAGGAGAUGCCCCGUCCUUUAGAUGAGGAUGGCCAUCGGGCAGCAUCACGCAGGAAGCAGGAUCGGCGCAAUGUUGCCAAGGCCUGGAGGAAUACCCAGACACCUGAGCCAGUCAGACAGCAGAUAUGCGAAUAUGAAAUGCCGGCCAGCCCGGAGCACCAGGAACACCCACAAAAUGGAGCAUCCAGAGCCAGUCAGCAGGGAGUAAUGCUGAACGGAAGUGGACCUAGCGCACACUGGUCCCGUCCACAGCCAUCCGAAGAGCCACCCUCAGAGGAUGAGGAGGAAGAGUCAAGAAGCGUGCAGCCGGUUAGCUCUCUGCCUCACAGUCUUCCCCCACAGGCCGAAUCAGUGCGGGCAGUAGGUGGUGGUGGCAGGAAAAGGAAAUCUCAGACACCACAGCAGUGCCCUGUCUGCCAGAAGAUCAUCCAUGGUGCAGGAAAGCUGCCACGCCAUAUGAGAACACACACAGGAGAGAAGCCCUUCCAGUGCAUGGCCUGCGGAGUCCGGUUUACACGGAAUGACAAACUGAAGAUACACAUGCGGAAGCACACAGGCGAGCGCCCUUACCCCUGCCCCAGCUGCCCUGCCCGCUUCCUGCACUCCUAUGAUCUAAAAAACCACCUAUCCCUGCACAGUGGUGACCGGCCCUAUGAGUGCCCACUGUGCCAUAAAGCCUUCGCCCGUGAGGAUCACCUACAGCGUCACCGCAAGGGUCAUAGCUGCCUGGAGUUUCGCACGCGCCGACCGCGGAAAGGACCUGAGGAACAUCCAUCCUCUCCAGCCCAGCUCCAGCACGGCCCACUCCGGCUAACCACAGCAUCUGCCAGCUCCGCUGCUGGCCAACUCCUGUUCCAGCAGGACAGCCCAGGAGUAGCUGCGCACAGACCAACUCUGCUAGAGUCAGGCGGGGUUGGCUAUCCCAGCCUCCUCUGGAGGGCCAUGGAGGGCCAUCACAGGGCUGCAGGCAUGGAGGAGCGAGAGAGUGGCACUUCACGCACACAUGUGGCAUGGGAAGAGGAGGAGGAAGAUGAGGAGGAUAUAGAAGAGGAGGGGUUGUAGUGGUGUGUGUGUGUGUGUGAGUGAGAGUGUGUGUGUACGCAGAUCAAAUACAAUGUCAUAGCAGACAUAUCUGAGAGUGAGAGCAAACCUGUUUUUUCCAUCAUCUUCAUCAUGAUCAGUCUUCCUCGCUGUGUGGAAGAGAACAGGAGCACUUACAGCUCUAACGCAAGAGAAAGGAAAAAAAAAGCUAAUGGAAAAACGGGUUUUCUGACUAUUCAGCUUUCUUUUACAGACCUCCUAAUGUGUUUUUUCAUUUUCAUGUCCUUUUAUGUGUUGGUUUUAUUAUUUUAUGUUGUCAGUUUGUAUUCAGAUUUAAUUUUAUUGCUUUACUUAAUGGAAAAAUGUAAUAUAGAUCUAUUUUGUUAAUAUAUUAUGCAGGCAAGGUUGAAAGUUGUUGCUGAUGCUAUGUUAAAUCACAAUAUGAGUUCAGAGAUGGAGCGUAAGACAGCAGCAAGAAGAAAACAAGUGUAGCUUUCUCUUUAUUUUCCCUUUAUUACUACAAUGCUGUCAUCUACUGGUGGAGAGUGGAACUGUGCUUCUACAGGCUGACCUCCUCAGUUCUGUACACUUCCAGGAGAAUGUGUGUGCAUGAUAGAUAUCUGUCUGUUUGAAGCUGCUGAUUAUUUAAGUCCAAAAAAGGAGAAAUAAUUUUUUAUAUAU